AGCAGAGGGAGGGAGGAGUGUCUGCAGAUGAUCACAGGCUGCAAAAGGAAAGGGAUCUCCAAACACUGGGAAUUAAUUCCACAUUCACUUGGAUUAGACACCCAGACAAGGGCAGAGAGAGAGCUUCUUAGCAGCAGCCGGCAGCAAGGGGCCACCACGAACAGGUUGUACCUCUGGGUAUGUGUAAGGAGCAGUCACGGCGAUCGCUGGUGGGACAGUGAUCAGAGGACCUUCACUCCCUCGCUACAAAAGUGUGAAGAAGACUACUGCUGAUACACUUACCUCUUCCCAGUGAUUUACUCGCUUCUCUAAUGCCAGGGCUGCAGAUCCAGAGGAUGGACCAUGGCUGGCUAAGAGUAUAGCAGGGCUUAUCUCAGAACAGACACUGCCCGGGGUUGAUCCAUUUCAAAGGAGUUAUGCAGCUUUGACUUCCGUCUCUGUCACACUGCAUUAUAUCAGCCUGUGACUAAACUUUAAAGGACGCUUUCCCUGUGAGCUAUAGACAUGGAUGUUAAAGGACAGCUCUCCAAAUCCUCUCUGACUCUGCUGCUGCUUGGAGCCUGCCUGUGUUCUGGGAUUAGCUCCAUAGACACAGACCGAACUGGAGAAGGGAAAUGUCAAACCAUAGAAAUACCUAUGUGCAAGGAUAUUGGAUAUAACAUGACCAGGAUGCCGAAUCUUAUGGGCCAUGAAAACCAGAGGGAGGCAGCCAUCCAGCUUCAUGAGUUUGCCCCACUGGUGGAGUAUGGCUGUCACGGCCACCUAAAGUUUUUCCUGUGCUCAUUGUAUGCUCCCAUGUGCACCGAACAAGUUUCCACUCCUAUCCCUGCAUGUAGGGUUAUGUGUGAGCAAGCCAGACUCAAGUGCUCCCCUAUCAUGGAACAGUUCAAUUUUAAGUGGCCAGACUCACUUGACUGUAGCAAACUGCCUAACAAGAAUGACCCUAACUAUCUGUGCAUGGAAGCUCCAAACAAUGGAUCUGAUGAUGCACCCAGAGGAUCCAGUAUCCUGCCUCCCAUCUUCCGACCACACAGACCCAGCAGUAGCCAUGAUCUCCAACCUAAGGACACCCUUAGCAGGGCAACCUGUGAGAACUCGGGAAAGUUUCACCACGUGGAGAAGAGCGCAUCCUGUGCCCCUUUGUGUAAGUCUGGAGUUGAUGUCUACUGGAGCAAGGAAGACAAGAAGUUUGCCUUCAUAUGGAUUGCAAUCUGGUCCAUACUAUGCUUCUUCUCCAGCGCUUUCACCGUACUGACCUUCCUUAUAGACCCUCAGAGAUUCAAGUACCCUGAGAGGCCUAUCAUCUUCCUGUCUAUGUGCUACUGUGUCUAUUCAGUGGGAUAUAUCAUUCGACUGUUUGUUGGAGCGGAUAGUAUAGCCUGCGACAGAGACAGUGGUCAACUCUAUGUCAUCCAAGAAGGUCUGGAAAGCACUGGUUGCACCAUAGUCUUCCUUGUCCUCUAUUAUUUUGGUAUGGCCAGCUCUUUGUGGUGGGUAAUUUUAACCCUAACUUGGUUCCUAGCAGCCGGGAAGAAGUGGGGACAUGAAGCUAUUGAAGCCAACAGUAGUUACUUCCACUUAGCUGCUUGGGCUAUCCCAGCUGUGAAGACCAUCAUGAUAUUAGUGAUGAGGAGGGUGGCAGGUGAUGAGCUGACAGGGGUUUGCUACGUUGGAAGCAUGGAUGUAAAUGCUCUUACAGGUUUCGUGCUCAUUCCAUUAGCCUGCUAUCUUAUCAUAGGGACCUCUUUUAUCCUGUCUGGGUUUGUGGCUCUUUUCCAUAUCAGGAGGGUGAUGAAAACAGGUGGCGAAAAUACCGAUAAACUGGAGAAACUUAUGGUAAGAAUAGGAGUCUUCUCUGUUUUGUACACUGUUCCUGCCACAUGUGUCAUUGCCUGCUACUUCUAUGAACGCCUUAACAUGGAUUUCUGGAAAAUCUUGGCCACACAAGACAAGUGUAAAGAAAACAACCAGACCAAGGUUUUGGACUGCACUAUGGCAAACUCUAUACCAGCAGUGGAGAUUUUUAUGGUGAAGAUAUUUAUGUUAUUGGUAGUGGGAAUCACUAGUGGGAUGUGGAUAUGGACUUCUAAAACCCUACAGUCUUGGCAGAAUGUAUUUAGCAAGAGAUUAAAGAAAAGAAACAGGAGGAAACCUGCGAGCGUCAUCACAAGUACAGGAAUCUACAAAAAACCCCAACACCCGCAAAAAAUUCAGUAUGGGAAGUAUGAGUCAGCCUUGCAAUCUCCCACCUGUGUCUAACUGAAAAGAAAAGCCAAUAUUUUUUAAUACCCACUUUAAACUAAACAGUGUAGAAAACUGAACCAAGACUUUUUGGUUGUUCACCGCAGCAUAACAAAAUAUGAACACUUUGCAGGAACUUUUUUUUACAAUUUAAUUUUUCAAAACAAGCAAGGUUUUAUGUUAAAUGGAUUUUAAAGCAUUAAUCUUUGGUCAAAUUCACAAU